AAGAGCUUUAAUCCUGUGGGACAACAAAGCUAACCCCAAAGUUAGAUAAUUGCCCAUUUGCCCCAAAACAAUCUGUAAUUUUUUUCCCUGCUAAAUUCUGUAGUCGCCCCUAAAUUAUCACCGCUCUCCCUAAAAAUUAAAGGGAAUCCACUUUUCUGCAGUUGAUCGGACAAUCGCGCGAUGGCGACCCAUUUGCAACGGCUAGCAAACAGGUCCGGCAAGGCUUACCGGCCGGCGUUGGCUCCAAUUACGAGAGCAUUUUCAACUGAAGGUUCAUUGGUCGAAGUGAAACCCGGCGAGAUCGGCAUGGUCUCCGGUAUCCCCCAAGAGCACCUCCGCAGAAGGGUUCAGAUCUACUCGCCUGCUAGAACUGCUUCUCAGCAAGGAUCCGGGAAGGUGGGGAGGUGGAAGAUCAACUUCAUUUCCACACAAAAGUGGGAAAAUCCAUUAAUGGGUUGGACGUCCACUGGAGACCCAUAUGCAAAUGUUGGUGAUGCUGGACUAAGUUUCGACAGUCAAGAAGCUGCAGUAGCUUUUGCUGAGAGACAUGGCUGGGAUUACACGGUCAAGAAGCACCACACUCCAUUAUUGAAGGUGAAGUCAUAUGCAGACAACUUCAAAUGGAAAGGGCCUCCCAAGGAAAAUUAGUUUUCAUAUUCCUAAUGUUUUUCCUUUAGGCCUCUCUGGACGAGGCCAAUACAAGGUGGAACAACUUCCCGUCUCAUAUGAAUUUCAAUCAUCUUGUAAUUUUCCUACAUUGGAGUGUGUUUCUGUUAAGCUCUUUGAAUCAAUAAAUUGGAUACACAUUAGUGUUUGUUUCGUUUUCGACAUGGUUCUAUGUCCUAACAUACAGCAGCUGUUGUACCUUGUUUUUGUGAUAUUCAUUGUAUUUUUCAGCAUAGAUACAUCACGCACCAGAGAUAGAUAGUUUACAAAUCAGUACUACUACCAAACCAUUCCUUUUUUUUUAUUUUUUCCCUUGCUAAUCAAUGCAUUUGGGUGGUUGUAGGUGUAAAAUAUUACAUUUUCCAAAGAC